AUGUUUAAAUUAGAUAGAGAAACUGGAUUUUCAGUUAUUGCAAUUGGUAUGUUUAUAUUUUUAGUGGGUACUCUUCUAUUAAUGGAUAGAGCUUUAAUAGCAUGUGGAAAUCUUAUUAUGAUUUUUGGUAUUUUAGGUUUAAUUGGUGCUAAACCAAAAUAUUUUUUAGCAAAAGAACGUUUAUAUGGAUCAGUAUUAUUUAUAUUAGGGACUGUUUUAAUGAUUUUUAAAUUUUUAUUAGGUGGUAUGAUAUUGGAACUGAUAGGUUUAAUUUUAAUAUUCAGAUCAUCAUUUCCUGAUAUUAAAUCAGUUGUAAGUAAUUACUUAUUAGGGAGAUCAAUUUACAAAAUAAAAUAA